CUCGUGACUUUACUGGGUGAAGUCAGCGCUGCAGGCUUUUGACGCUACAGCUUCCCUCGUCUCUCCGUCGGAAAAGGAGCUGCUGUUUUUCUCCCUCGAGCCCAAAUUGCUGGCGGAAUCUGCCCAGAAAAAUCACCCCGAUCCGCCACCUGAUUACGCUAUGAUCCGGUUUUUACUGCUGCAGAAUCGGCAGGGGAAGACGCGCCUGGCCAAGUACUAUGUCCCGCUCGAGGACUCGGAGAAGCACAAGGUCGAGUACGAGGUGCACCGGCUGGUGGUCAAUCGGGACCCCAAGUUCACCAACUUCGUCGAGUUUCGCACACACAAAGUUAUCUACAGGAGAUAUGCAGGGCUGUUUUUUUCAAUGUGUGUGGAUAUAACUGAUAACGAGUUGGCAUACUUGGAAUGCAUCCACUUGUUUGUUGAGAUAUUGGACCAUUUCUUCAGCAAUGUCUGCGAGCUAGAUUUGGUUUUUAACUUUCAAAAGGUUUACCUGAUACUAGAUGAGUUUAUUCUUGCUGGAGAGCUGCAAGAAACAAGCAAAAAGGCAAUAAUUGAGCGAAUGGGUGAACUGGAGAAGCUGGAAUGAGAAUGAACAAGAAGAGGCAGCCCGUACCUAAUUAUUAUAUUCCAUUUGUACAACUUUUGUAGCUGUUGUGUUUAUUUUCCUUGUUCUUCAUUGGGCAUUUCACCGGUUGACAGUUUGAGGAAGACCCAUUAUGACAUUUUCUUUGGAGGCUAAUGUGAGAUUGGUCGCCAAUUGCAAUGAA